AUGGCUUCCACCGCCUUCGGAUUCUUCGGACUCUCCACAAUCAUCGACAAGGCAAUCGGAGGGAUCAUCUACUCGAGUUUCAUGCUCGCCGGAGCCAUCGUCUACGUCGGCACCAAAAUCGAAGCGUUCAUCGGAAUCGGCGACGAGGAGAAGGAGGGAUGGACUAUUAUAAUCGGCGCCUACAGGAUUCAGAAGCGUUGGAUUAACCAGAAAACUUCAGAAUAUCGUCCAGAUGUUCCAGAGAACCCUAUAAUUCCGUCCAAUCAGGAUUCUGUUGGGUUUUUGUGUCAAUUUCAUCAAAUUUACCUUCUCCACAAUCGGCUGAGCCGGUGGAUUCUCCUUCAACUCCUCAUCAGUGUACUCGUUCGCCACGAACCAUCCCAUAUUGAUGAACUCCUGCUCGUUGUAUUUACAACGGAGCAGAAGGACACUCACACCGACGAUAUCGUCGACUGGAAUCUUCGAUAUGUCCGGGUGAUCCGCAUCGAAGACGAACUUGUGUCGUCCCUCCGGAAUCGGUCCGACGAGUGCCGAGUCGAGCACCUGAUCAUAGUCUCGAGAGGUCCCGGAGCCGACGUAUACGAGCUCCCAUUCCAGGUCUGCAAUAUGGGUCCAUUUUUACCUCAUCUGCGUAUCCAACGGGCGCCAUCUCCUCCACAUCCAUCCUAUCCUCCUCUCCGUGAUCAAUCGUUCGAUUCCUUUCAGCCAUCAUCGGGAAGUUCUCCAUCUCAUAAUCAACGUCAUCAAAGAAGUGAUCAUCAGCUUCCGGAAGUACUCCAGCGGCUCCCGGAAUAUCUUCAUUCAAUCCCAACUGUUCCCACGGUGCCUCCUCUCUAUCCAUUGACGAAGCGUCCACUAGCAGCUUUCUCGGCUUUCUUUGCCUCUUUUUCCGUCCUCCUUCCAUAUUUUCAAUAUCUAAUGGCUCGAGAGCAAAGGAUUCCGGACUGUGCGGUCUUGGAGGGACGGCGACGUCUUCUGACUCCACAGCUUCUGGCUCAAAACCGAAAUUGUCAUCUGGAGCAGCCUGGUCGUACUGUAUGUCGUGCACCAUCGAAUUGA